CUCCAGCAGAGGGGAAUUUCGCCUCCUUGCCUGUGUUUCCCCUCUCCACUGACUGCAUUUUGAUCUUUGCCAGCACUUUAUAUCCCACCCUACACCUGCAUUUCCUGCAGGUAGCAAGCACUGACUCUGCCUUGAGGUUGUGGUGGUGGGUGAGGUAGGAAGGGGUUUAGCUGCUUUUUGAGGCUGUGAGAACUUCCUCCACGUGGUGUUCAGCUCCUUUUUUUUUCCCUUUUUCAACCUCCGAGUCACCAUUUCUGCUCUUUCAGUUUUGCUCUUGUGCCUUGUGUUGGUGCCUGGCUCUUUGCACCACACAGACGUGCUGAGCUGGGUUGGGAAGUUGCCUCACACGAGGCUGCUGUGCUCAGCAGGGCUUUUGGAGGAUCAGAUCAACCUUCUUAUCUCUGCACCGAGUCAACUGACAGUGCCUGUCCUGGGGAUUUCUGUUUUUCACCAAAAAAAAAACCCAAAAACACCCCAGAGCCUGUGGUGAUAAAGAGUGUUGAGACUUUGCUAGAACCCCAAUUACAAGUCCAGCUGGAGGGUCUGUGACCAGCCCCUGGAAUUCAGGCUCCCAGCUACUUUUCCUCCUCACUUUCCCUUAGAUUGGCUCCCCUGUUAACUGGUUUUUUGUUUGUUUUCCUUAAUGAGCUGCAGGGGAGUGACACAGAACAGAUGGAGUUCAGCUGAUUAGAUGUACAAGUGAGCACCGGAGAUAAACAUCUGUAGUAGCACCAGAGCUCUCAGUUCGUUCUCUUGGCUUCUCUUUUCAGUUGGGAUCAGUAAAAAUAAGCUCUUCUGGUUUCCCCUCUCUGUAUUUUUGCUCACUUUUACCAGUCAGUACAUUGGUUUUUUUCAUGUAAAGGUGAUGCCUGUUUUAUUGGGACACUGUUUUCUGCCUCAGUGACAUUUUCAACAGGUAUUUUCCUUUUUUGUGCUAAAGGUCUGAGGGUAAAUGUUCUUUGUGUCCUGUCAGCUGUUCAUAAUCUUCAGAGUUCACCUGUCCAUCGAGAUAACUCACUGCAUUCUGCUCCCUAAAAAGUUACAAGCCUAAAUUCAGCCUUCAUAGGGUGAAAGAGAGUGAUUGCUUUCUCAAGUCUUGAAUAAAACCAGCUAUUUUUCUGGUAGCUGUCAUUUAAGAGUGGGGUUUUUUCUAUCCCAGUUACCAACAUCCCAAAUUUCCAGCUUCCUUCUGAAUGUGGAUGGUAUUUUCUAUAUUUAAGUCUCCUAAAGAAAAUGAGAGUUACUACAGUUUUGAAGCAACACAAUAUUUUACUCUAUUUUGCAUGUUUGAUGAAGAACUUCUGGAUCUUUAAUUUCCUUUGGUGUGUCAAAAACGCAUUUUAAAAAUCAGGAAGUGAUUGGAGGUGCCCCAGGAGGCAGGAAUUGAGCAGGAGGGAGGUGAAACCAACUGAGUUAUCUUGGAGUGGGACCUUUGGGUGACUCUGUCUCAGUUCCUCGCUGUGCUGUGGUGCUUCUCAGCUCCGUAAAACAGAAUCCAAACCCUGAGAGGCUGAGUCUGGAGGGAGGCACAAUUCUGCUCAGAAAUACAAAGGUAUCACAGGAGGUGGCAAAGGGAGAAGUUGGAGGUGUGGCUCUGGAUAAGGAGUUAAAGGAAUUUCGGGGUUGCUUCCCAAGCUCUCCACACUCACAGGAGGUUACCAAGCUGUGCAGUUUCACUGUUCCUCAUUCCCCAGCUGCUCUUGGAGGUGUGACUGUUUCUGCCAGCCCCUCGAUGGGGUUACUGUGUGUUUUAAAGAUAGGCAGUCAAUGAUUCUUCAGCCCUUUAAAAACCAGAAGCACUAGGUCAGGUUCACUUAGUUCUGUGGUCUUAGGUGAAGGGGAACAGCAAAUAUGAGGAACUAACUCUGUGAAAAGUCUUAGUCAUGGAGAGAAUGAGAAGCUGGUGGAGUUUUAUUGGCAGGGUUGAGGUGACAAGGGACAGGUUUUAAUGUGACAGUGAUGUGGUUCCUGUGCUCCUGUGGAGAGGAAACAGCUCUGCUUGGGUUUAGGGAUGGCCCAGCAUGUUCCUGUUCCAUUAAAGGAAGUUUUAGGAGGGCAAAUGUUACUCUUAUAAUUGAGGGGAUUGACUUGGGAAGAGACUUUGCUGGUUCAGAAUAAUAACAUGGGGGUUUAAGUUCUAUUUGCCUCACAAAUUAUUGUCAGUGCUGGUGCUUUUGGACAGGUUGAGCCCUGGCUUCAGCAGGACUGAGCUCCUCAAUUAGUAAAACCCUGGGUGGGAGUGAGUUUUGUUGCUAAUUUGGAGGCUUUUGUGGGAAAACAAAGGCUGGAGGGAGCAGCUCUGUGAGCUUUCCUGCCUUCACACCGUGAAGUGCCACGGAAAUCUUACAUUAAAUAAUUCCUGUCAGUGUUUGUGAACUCGGGGCUGGGUUGGCCCCAAACCUGUUGCCUUCCUGGAAGGUGGAGUGGCAAACCAGCUGUUCCUGGAGGGUGCCAGAGCCAUCUUGAGAGGCUCCCUGGAUUUCAGCACGGCGUGAAGUCCUCCGGGAGCCGGCGCUUGGCACGUGAGAACGUGAUUCAAGCAGAAAUGGAGCAGGGCCCGCUGCAAAGCCAGGCUUUCAACUGGGAGCUGAACCUGCCUUUGAUCUGCCCUGCACUGGGCUGGCCUGUCAGGGGCUGGGGCAGCACGAGGCUGCUGCUCACAGGUUCAAAUUACUGAGGAUAAUGUCCAUUAGCGCGGCUGGAACCGCUCCCCGGAGGGGACCUGGCUUGGAAUGGGAAAUGACAGAUGGUUUUUUCAUGUAAGCAAAUCUUAGGGAUGUCUGAGAACUUCCCUAAUUGUCAAAUUAGGCGUUUGUUUUUGUAACCUAAAGGCUACUUGGAUGUUUAAAAGGGAGACCGAGGCACGGAGCAGGGUGGUUUUGUCUUUUUUUUGGCCUCUCUGGGUUUGAAACCUGCUCGUGCUGCUGCCUCUAAAAGGCUCCUCUUGAGAUCCUGUGGAUUACUCCCCAUUUCCAGGUAUUUUUAGUAUGUGCCCACAGCACUGGAGCAGUUGGUGUUCUGAGGAAUAGGCUUUAAAUCCCUGUUUGUCUGCAAGUUCUUGGAAUGCUGUGAGCUCUGCAACUUUAAAUUGUGGGAACAAAGCUGUUUCCGUGGGUAGCAAGUUUGAGGAAGGCAAUUAGGGACACACAUAAUUUUGGCAGUGUGCUUCCACUGGAUGCUUUUCCUCCUUCUUCCACUUCUGCCUGCAUCCUUCCCACCAGCUUUCCCUCCAACACCAGAAUAAGGUCUAAAUAUGUUACACAGGCAAGAAAAGCGCUCGUUGGGAGUAGCUACAAACAGAAGAUAUUUGGAUGCAAGAACAAUGCAUACACUGCAAUGUCUGAUUCCUACUUACCGAGCUACUUCAGCCCCUCCAUCGGAUUCUCCUACUCCCUAGGGGAGGCUGCCUGGUCCACGGGGGGAGACCCCCCCAUGCCCUACCUGACCUCGUACGGACAGCUGAGCAACGGGGAGCCCCACUUCCUCCCCGACGCCAUGUUCGGGCAGCCGGGGGCCCUGGGCAGCACCCCCUUCCUCGGGCAGCACGGCUUUAACUUCUUCCCCAGCGGGAUUGACUUCUCAGCCUGGGGCAACAACAGUUCUCAGGGACAGUCCACUCAGAGCUCGGGCUACAGCAGCAACUACGCCUACGCCCCCAGCUCGCUGGGGGGGGCCAUGAUCGACGGGCAGUCGGCCUUCGCCAGCGAGACCCUCAACAAGGCCCCCGGCAUGAACACCCUGGACCAGGGCAUGGCAGCCCUCAAGCUGGGCAGCACGGACGUGGCCAGCAGCGUCCCCAAAGUGGUGGGCUCGGCCGUGGGCAGCGGCUCCAUCACCAGUAACAUCGUGGCCUCCAGCAGCCUCCCCCCGGCCACCAUCGCGCCGCCCAAGCCGGCCUCGUGGGCCGACAUCGCCAGCAAACCCGCCAAGCAGCAGCCCAAGCUCAAGGCCAAGAACGGCAUCGCCGGCUCGAGUCUUCCGCCGCCCCCCAUCAAACACAACAUGGAUAUCGGCACCUGGGACAACAAGGGCCCCGUGGCCAAAGCCCCGGCGCAGGCCCUGGUGCAGAACCUGGCCCAGCAGCCGGCGCAGGGGUCCCCGCAGCCCGUGGGCCAGCCCAUGGCCGGCAGCCCGCCGGUGGCCCAGGCUGCGGGCGGGCAGCAGCCCCCAGCCCCGCUGCCCGUGCCCCCGGCACAGCCGGCCCCGCUGCCCGUGCCCCCGGCACAGCCCACCCGCUGGGUCGCCCCCCGCAACCGCGGCAGCGGCGGCUUCGGCCAGAACGGCGUGGACGGUAACGGGGUGGGGGCGGCCCAGACCGGCUCCGGCUCCCCUUCGGAGCCGCACCCGGUCCUGGAGAAGCUGAGGUCCAUCAACAACUACAACCCCAAGGAUUUUGACUGGAACCCGAAGCACGGGCGGGUGUUCAUCAUCAAGAGCUACUCGGAGGACGAUAUCCACCGCUCCAUCAAGUACAACAUCUGGUGCAGCACGGAGCACGGCAACAAGAGACUGGACGCGGCCUAUCGCUCCAUGAACGGCAAGGGCCCCGUGUACUUACUGUUCAGCGUCAACGGUAGCGGCCACUUCUGCGGCGUGGCAGAGAUGAAAUCUGCUGUGGACUAUAACACCUGUGCAGGGGUGUGGUCCCAGGACAAGUGGAAGGGACGCUUUGAUGUCAGGUGGAUUUUUGUGAAGGACGUUCCCAACAGCCAGCUGAGGCACAUCCGCCUAGAGAACAACGAGAAUAAACCAGUGACCAACUCCAGGGACACUCAGGAGGUGCCUCUGGAAAAGGCUAAGCAGGUGUUGAAAAUCAUUGCCACCUACAAGCACACCACCUCCAUCUUUGAUGACUUCUCACACUACGAGAAACGCCAAGAGGAGGAGGAAAAUGUUAAAAAGGGUUUUGGGUUUGCCUGGAGUGAUGCUCACGCUGGGAUUGUAGGUGCCAAAAAAGCCCAAGCCACGCUCUGUCUGCCUUGAAGCGUCUCAGGAACGCCAAGGUCGUGUCAAGUAAAAGGCCAUUCCUCCCCAGAGACUGCAGCAGAGAUUGCAUCCCAGUUACCCUUCAGAGAGGCAAAGGAAAGGAGCAAGAGUAUCCCAGAGAGAAUUAGGACUUUUUUUUGGGUUGUUUUUUUUUUUUUCCUUAAUUUCGUUGACUUCAAAAAAAAAGAGACUUUUACAAACUUGCAGUUUAAAAAAAAAAAAAGUAUUGGAGUAUCACAAGACAUAGGACUUAAAAAAAACAAAAACAACAAAAAAAAAUCCCUUCUAGGUAGAGUAGAGGUAAAACCUGUCCCCCUUUUCUUUUGGCUUUGGUUGUGAUUUCAGAGCAUUCACUUUGGUUUUUGUCUUUUUACUAUGUGGUUUGUUUUUUUUUUUUUUCUUGGGGGAUUUUUCAAGUCCAUAAGUGGCAUAUGCUUUUUUUUUUUUUUUUUUUUGUCUCUUUCUCUCUUAAUUUUUAAACCCUGCAGCCUCCCUUCCUUCCACCCCCUCGCGCCUCCUUCCCCCCCUGGUUUUGACAUUUGCACUUGGAACACCGAGUUGUAACAUCCACCCGUGGAGAGUGGAGUCAUUUUCUUUUACACUUUUUCUUUCUUUCUCCUUCCUCCCCCUCCAUGGCCUGGAAAAGGAAGUUUGGGGGUUUUUUUGGCCUAAGAAGAAUUAAACAGAAAUUAUCCACGAGGUUGUGUCUUAAAGGUGGUUCAUUUUUCUCUGACCCUUUGUUACUCAAAAGUCAAGUACUAGGAGUCCUAAGAAAUGUUCUGUUCUUGUGCAUUAUGCAGAUUAAGUCUGGAUGAAUUUGGGUUGGUUUUUUUUUUUUUUGAAAGCUGAGAACAGUGGUUAAAAAAAACCCUUGUUUUGUUUACAGGAAAAAUUAAUAAUUUUGGACAAGAAAAAAAAGGAAAAAAAAAAGCACCAAAAAAAGGAAGAAAUAAUUGUAAAAAAUGUGUAGUGACUUUGUUUCAGUUUCUUGUUAAGCCAACGAGGAAUGGGCGUUGCCUUUCUUUUCACCAUUAAUCACUUCUCAAUAAUAAACGUGAAAUCCUGUUGAGCAUCA